AUGUUCAGGGAACAAUGUAACCCAAAAACCCAGUCUGCAAAGACAACCCUUGGGAGAUGCAACCGAAAUAACAACAGCAAUGUGAUUAGUAUGGAUAUGGACGGAAGAAAAAUUGAUGUCGUUAUUGUUGAUGCUCCAGAAUGCUCAAAUCAGAGAUCUAGACACUCAACGGCAUCAUUGAAACCCAACAAAAAAUGUUUCCCAAGUAGAGUAAUUAUUAUAGAUGAAGAAAAUGGCAAUUACUUCGGAUUUAGAAAUGCUGAUCAGAGUACUACGGCAAGCAAGACUUGCCAUUUUUCUUCAUCUGAAUCACAUUUUCCUGUAGAAUCUGACAGUGACGAGUGUCAGGUGCUCAAGGGGAAAGUUCGUGUUGACUCUCCUAGGUGGAUGUUUAAUGCCUCAGUAGCAGACAGUGACAGUGACAGUGACAGUGACAGUGACAGCGACUGUGAAAUUAUGGAUGAUUUAUCUGGAAAUAUUCGUAAAGAGUGGGAAAAGGCUUAUUUAAUGAAGAAAAAGGAGAUGAACCAUGCGGGGUCAAAGAAGGGAUCAGGUGUUUUUGGAUCUCAAAACGAACAUGGGGUUCACAGUGAAACUUCUCGGGAAAAGGUCAACUUGGUGAAAAAAACCAGUGGUGAGACAUGUCUGUCGCCUAGAAAAGAAGGAACCAGUGAAAAUCCAGUCAAUGGAGAGGAUGAUCUGCAUGUUCCAUGCACAACUGACGAUUUCACUGGACAAACAUCCUUUGAUUCUACAAGGAUGCGCAAUAAUGGAAUUGUAGACCAUUCAGUUGGAGAAGCUAGCGAUCUAGGGUCUGGGUCUCAAGAUAAAACUGAACCAUUUUCUAAGAGCAUGUGUGGGACUGAAGCCCAUCCUACGAAAUCAUUUGGUCAUAAGGUCACAAGCAAUUCUUGCGGUCAAGAUUCUUCAGUUCGAAAAUGUUUUCCUUUUAAUACAACAAUGGAGCAUGGUCUGAAUGGUCAUAGUAAUGUAGUUAGAGUGGCAGACGGGGAGAAUGUUUCUAUUCCAAUGUCAGAUGUUCAAGAUAAACAUCAGGAUGAGGAUGUACUUAGAUGUAGAAACUCAUCUCCUUGCGACAAUGAUCAUCUUUCAUCGUUAGAACCCCAUUCAAGAAAACUUAGACGCACGUCUGCUUCUCAAGGAACAUUACAGAACAUCAUAAAAGAAGAAAUGAAUCCUCGAGUAUUUGAACAAUCAAAUCUUGAAAUGAUGGAUCGGAUGUCAGAUUGUCAGAGUGAUAUAAUUGGUGACCGGGAUAAGCACAAACAGUCUGAGGGAUACAGACUUGCUGAAGAAGAAGAAUGGGCAUCCAGGCGGCAACAAAUAAAAAUCCAGGUUUCUGUUGUAACAAUGCACGCCUAUAUGCCUGUCUAUCAUUGUGCCUAGCUCUAGCAGAUUUGAAUCUUGUUGUCAUUUAUUGUGUUGUAGUACCCUAUGCCAAUAUGUUUCUUCCUUAGCUUCAUAUGUUCUGAACCUUUUCUGUUUUUAGUUGGUGGUCGAAUCACUUAGUAUUUAUUGGUGACUUUUUACCAUCUGUGUUUAGUGCCUUCGGUUAAGAACUGGGAAAAAAACUUGGAAACGUCGUGGUAUAUAUAUCAUAAAAAUGUUGCUAGUCACCAUGGCAUGUAAAAUGUCAGAGGAAAACCAUGGGAAUGAGUAACAUUUCUAUUUUUGUAUGUUGCUAGUUUUUUGUGUGACGGCUGAAAAUGACCUAGUGAUUACGGGGUUAAUUUUCUAAAAUGAGCUAUGCUCAUUGAGAUUUGUAUUACUGGAUAAUAAUGGGAUGACUUAGUGUAUUGUGUUCUGGAUCAUUAAUGAAAUCUUCUUAUUGGCGGUAACCGAAAAUGAGUAGUCAUGAUUUGACAUCCACCACCAGUCAAAUUGAUCUUGUUAGGGAAACUAUUAGAUUUUCUUUCAUAUGAUCUCCUGAAGUGAUAUCCAGAGAGGAACUGUUACUCCUUUUUGUCCUCUAAUGAUCUUUGCCUUGUCAGAAACAUGUUCCUGUGAUUCAUGAUUACGAACUAUCUGUUGAAUAAAUCAGUGCAGAAAUAGACCCAAGACUUUGUUACCUUCCUGUUGUGUCGUUUCUGCUAUUGCCAUUCGUAUUAAUCAGAUUCUUAUCAAGUUGCAGUAGCCCUUCUAGGUUAUUAUCACAGGUCCAACUCACUGGAUGGAGAGAAUGGAUGUGCCACGCCUCUUUGUUGUUUGAGCCAUUCGGAUGGAAGUCUGUUAACCAUUUAUAAUUAUGGUCUUGUCCCUGCGAUUUAUUUCCUUUGUCAGACCCGAAUGAUUUUGCCCUCUGAUUACUCUUCAAAUAGGGCAAUAAGCCAGUGUCAUCAAAUCAAGGUUCUUUUGAAAAUUCAGCGUUUUUUACAUCCCUUUUCUUUUGAGUAUGCAAUAAAUAUGGGAUACCACCGACUAUUGAAAGGAUGACGGUUGAAGACAGGAGUUGAACUAUGCUUUUCUUUCGUUAAUUGGAAGAAUAAGAUCGGAAGUUAUUCAUUAUGUAGCAUGCAUAAGAGACGUGAUAAUGAAAUGCGUUAUUCCUGAGAAGUAAGGAAGAAACAGAAAAGGGAUUUUUUUUUGCCUUAACCUAUUUAUUUAGGCAAUGGACAGAAUCAAACUCUUAGCUUCAGUUGUCAAGGAAAGGCGUGAUGCUGAUGUCAGUUUUCAGGAAAAACUUUUCUGCAAUCUAAUUCUAACAAACAGUUCUCUUUAGUAUGUGGCCAUCAAGAAACAUAUUUCCUCUCUAGAUGUCCCUGGGCAAACAGUGAGGAAGCCUUCACGUUUGCUGGCAUAAAUGUGCUGUGCUAGAAGACUACAGCUACAUGCUUGGUUGAAAGGGAUCUUCCUAUUUUUGCCACUGAAACAACUUCUUGCGUCCAUGAACUGCAUAAAACAUGCGCUUAAAAUUUAGUGUUCUCUGUCUCUUUGUCACAGAAUAAGUUGACUGUGUAUUUGGAAAAAUUGCCAUCGUGUGCUAUUUGUGGGCCAUUUUAUGUUGGGGAUUUCAAUUGGGGAAGUAUGGAACCGGAAGCUAAAAGAUUUCUAAGAAGCCUAGGGUUCUAUGAUUACUUUUUUAACCAAGAUUUAGCUCAAGCUGCGGUUUCAGCAGAAAAUGACGUAUUCCUAGCAGCUGAACGUGAAUUGCCCCGGGGGGGGGGGGGUAGGAGGUGCGUGUGUGAUGAUGUCAACAUGGGAACUAGACCAUUGUCAUGCCCCCAGUGUUGUUUAUAAUUAAUGGACAUGGUUAUCUUUUUUAAGGCCUUUUUCUUUUAUGUGGCCCUUUAAUUUAAGUUUUUUAUUAUUGAAUUUUUCUUUGAUCUAGAGCAUUUGUUACAAAACUUCUCUCUCCCAUAUUUUAGAGAGAUCAGAGCACAUUGUUAUAUAUAUUAGUCAGACUUUCAAUAUUCAUUGAUGGUGCCAUUGCAGGGUUCAACCCAGGUCUUUCUGGAGAAAUCCCAUAAUAUGUCUUGUUCUGUCCAACUUUGUUAGUUCCACUUAUGGCAAUAAUUCUUAGAAUUUCUGUUCAUGUGGAAAAUCUUAGUCCCAAUAUAUUUCUUUAAAUGAUAUUUACAUUGAUAUUAAUCCUCAUAUGUCACAUUUAAUUUAUGAGUUUUCCCCUUUUGCAAUGUCCUUUCUUUCACUCUUAAAAGAUAAUAACUCAUUAAUUGACCUAUUUAUGUACAGGCAGAGGAAGCACAAAGGCUGCGGAAGAGAAAAAAGGCCCAAACUUUGCGUUUACUAGAUAUGGAGAGAAGACAAAAGCAACGCGUUGAAGAAAUACGUGAAUCUCUGAAACGGGUUUGGAAUCCACUUACUUUCCUCAUUCAACCUAUUAUUUCAUAUUGUCAUAAAGUCUCAAAUAUUUCGUUAUUUUGGCCGUAUUUUUUGUGUUCUUUCUCUGCCGCUUGUUCACAGUUCAAUAUAGUCUGAAAGGCCCUAACCCCAAUAAAGUUGUGACCAUUCCAGGAUGAGGAGACUAUUGAUUUAAAAGAUAAUAUGCGUGCAAUGGUUAGGAAGGAACUGGAGAGUUUGGAAUUGAAACACAGAGAUAUGGCUUCUCUGCUUCGUGCCCUGGGUGUCAAUGUCAGAGGCGGAGCCUAUCCUAUGUCUUGUGAGGUAAACGAAUUUUUCUGUGGUUCCUCAGCGUAAUGGAUAGCUUCAGUUAUUUUUCCAAUUUUGGAAUUUGCUGCAUUCUUUUACCGAGUAAAAUGGAGUCAGUGGAAUGUCAAAAAGACUAUUUGGGAGUGUUCCAAUCCAGUUCAGACAACAUCAUAAUCGGAAGACUAAAAAACUAAAUAUCUAAAGGCAAUUUAUGUUUUGAGUCAUGCAGAUACUCAUCAAUUAUUACUUGAUUUUGUGGUUUUUGAAAAAAAUAAAUAAAUUCUAGAAUGUAGUAUACUAAUCUUGGAACUCUACUAAGCCCAUAGAUACAAUGUAUCUUCCCAUUAUCCCAAACCUAGUCAAAAUUGCAAAAAUAAGUAAGUCUAGUCUUACCGAGUACACUUUUGCAUGAUUGUCUCGGGUUGACUUUGAUUAUUGUAAUUUUUUAAUAAUUCAUGUAAAGUUAGUAACCCCAUUCUGUAUUAUAUGUACGUUCGUGAUAGUCUAUUAUCCUGCGUCUUAAUAUGUUGAUUAAACCGUCGAAAUCACUAAUUUAUGUCGAUUAAUUUUUUUUCAGGCACUAAUUUCCAUUUCAUUGAAAUUUAGUUCUGAAGCAUCCAUCCCUCGUUGUUUGGACUGUCUGACAGAAGUAGCAAAUAAAAUGAGAGAAACUAUCUGCUGCAUAGAAAAGUUGACCUUUUUCUCUUGACUGUCUUAGGUCAAUGCUGCAUUUAAGCAGGCCCUGUUUAGAUUCCAUCCAGACCGUGCAUCGAAGACCGACAUCCGAGAGCAGGUGGAGGCAGAGGAAAAGUUCAAACUGAUCUCACGCUUGAAACAGAGAUUGCUCCCUGUAGGAUACUGA